AGGCGGUGCUCGCAUUCGGCCGAGAUCAUGCCGCUGACAGGCUGGCCACCCCACCUCUUACCCGUUUUAUUCUACUGUUCUUACCUGCUCGAUCCUUCAGCUGCCAACGAACAGUCGCUUAUUGACAGUUUGAUGGAUGCGUCGCUUCGCUCACACCGAGUCCAGGCGUGCGACGGCGAAAAAGUCACACUGCACUGCCCUCGAAACACUCAUAUAAUGAUAGAAACCGGGUUUUAUGGACGAGUGGUGCCAGAGUCACAGCUUUGUCCUGGACGAAUACCGGGAAGAAAAGGCUAUGAUGCGACAUGUGAUGUCAUUCAAGCAAAAUCGCGUUUAUCGGAAUUGUGCGACAAAAAGCGCAAAUGCACCGUUUACGUUGACACGACCACAUUCGAAGACGAUCCAUGUCCUUCGACAUCCAAGUACUUGCAGAUGAGCUACAAAUGCCGGCCAAUACUCUUCGACGGCGAGUCGUUUUGCGAGGGAACGGAAAUGCAGCUCGAAUGUCGAGAGGGCCGACGACUGGCCAUGUAUUCGGCCAUUUACGGACGUAGCUCGAAAGGCCAAGCAGCGCAUUGCCCGGCUCCGGUUCACUUUGGAAGAGACUGCACGAGGGAUGUGCUCCCCAUCCUGCUCACCAAGUGCCACGCUCAGUCAGGGUGUUCGUUGACAGUCAACUCUGAUGUGCUCGGCUCUCCUUGUCCAAAGGAUGUUCCCUCCUAUCUUAAUAUACUUUUCAUGUGUGUCAAUGAAGAAGUCUUCAACGAGGACGCAAUCAAGGGAGAUUUUGAGUUUUUGCAAAAAUUUAUCAAGGAAAUGGAACAGACUACUGCUGGUCCUUUACCUGACGACGGCUGGGAAAAGCUGAGUGAGAAGCAUAUCGAAGCUGAACCCAAGAUCCCCGCUCCUGCUCUGUCACCAACAAGACCUGAGCCAUUGUUUAACAAUGACGUUGUUAUAGCCGGCUACGUCACCGAGGACCGCUACAGUCUUUCGCAGGGAACAAGCAAAAAUGGUGGUCCUGGAGAAGAUGAACGGGAACUUACGGAGACGGUAGAAGCGAAUCUGGUCGGAAUCACCCACGAUCUCAUGAUUGCCAUCAGCUUCAUCAAACAAAACAAAGAAAAAGCUCUGAUAUGCGUGAUCUUAUCAGCCUCACUUGCACUGAUUCUGCUCUUGAUCGCCUGUAUUCUGCAGCAGUUUUGCGGUGGUCGACGGAAGGACAAGCGUGUCCCUUACUCCAUCGAACGGAGUCAGCUGAUCGCGAAGAGUAACCCAAUUCUCGACGGGCCCCCGUCGUUGAUGGAAAUGGGCGACUUCGAGUCGGAGACGUUUCUUCGCUACUCGUUGUCGACACCGCCGCGCUCAGGGCACUACGACUUCUAGUCGCGAGACUGUCACGACAUUCCGCACUUUCGAUAUCCCUCGACGAUCUGUGAUAGAACGAGUACCGAUGUGUCGCCAAAGAAACUGGCGACAUCUCUCACAAAGUAAUCUCAUUUCACCUCCAAUCACUUAUGCUCAUUCAUCUUUCAAACAUGUUCCA